ACGAUAUGGGAUGAUCUUCAGCAAUGGAGUGUGCUGCUCCUGUGUAUCCUCUGACCUUUUCACUCCCGAAGCCUGGACAGUGUCCCCUGUGAGGACAGUGUCUGCGUCUGACCUGUGGGUCCAACAGAAAAAGUCACCAGCCGGCCACUAAAGACCCCUGGCCCUGUUUCCUCUACCCACUGGGCACAAGAGUGAGCAUCCUGCCAGGAAAGGCUGUCAUUCACUCGCACAUCACCUUCUCACAGAUUUCGCCUCUCAGGGCACGCAAGACACUUUGCAACAGGAGGCAUGGAUAUAGACGUGGAAGGGAUUAUCCAGUGCAUCAGGCAGGGGGAUGAGAACGGGGUUCAGACACGGCUGCAGGAAUUCAACAAAGAGUAUGCCCAGUGCUUCUUCUUUGAUACAGAGGAGAGGGAUCGAAGGAAAAAAAGAAAACUAGAAGAGUUCAGGAAGAAUAAAGUGAGAGAAUACACUGAUUCUGACUCAGACUGUGAUGAGUACGACCAUGAGGAUCGAGGUGUCAUCCUCAGACAGAGCUUGGGCAUUGUCCUUGUGAGGUUCAUUAGAACAGGGGUUAAAUGUCGUCUGUUGAGAGUAGCCCUGCGCACCCUGAGGAUCCUCUCCAGAGACCAGAAGGUCCUGGGCCCCCUUUUGACAGACACCGCUCUCCUCACUCUAGCCAAACUUGCCGGGCUGACCGCAACUGAUGCAGACGAAGCCAACGAGUCUGACUCUGAAUUCUACGAUAACAUAAUCGCCUCUCUCACUGAGGCCAGAGUGUCAGACGACGCUGAUAUUGAAACCAGCGACCCGAUUGACGAGUGUCUUGCCUAUGAUGACGACGCCAAGAGCGACAUCAGCAUCGCCAACAGUGGUGAACUGGACAGCAUCAGCUGGGCUGGGAGCCACAGGACCAGCAUCCACGAAAUGCAGAGUGGCGGCAUGCAUAACAAGGUGCUGGAACGAGGGAGGAGGGACCGCAGAGAGAGCAAGAUGGUAGGGAAUGAAGAGGAGGAAGAGGAGGAGGAGGGCUCAGGAGAGGAGGCACAAAGAAAAGAGGCCAUGAAGGUGUUGUGUAACGUGGUGUACAACAGCACCUGGGCACAGGAGAGGUUCAGUGCUCUCAGGCUCAUGUGUGGUCUCACAGAGCGUCUGUCCUCCGGCGUUAGUGGCUCAUCUCCCUCCAGUGUUCAGUUCUAUGAAUUACGACUCCUGUUUCUCAUUACUGCGCUGCGCUCAGAGCUCAGCACUCAGCUUCAACAGGAGGGUGGUGCAUCCAUCCUCACAACUUCUCUGGAGAACUGCCUGGAGGUUCGGUGGAAGGAUCAGUAUGUGUGUGAGCUGGAUCCGGCAGGACCUCCUAUUUCUCUGGAGGACUCUCAGCGCAUCAUAGAGAUCCUCAAAAUCCUCUUCAACAUCACCUACAGCAUCCACAGGCAGGAGCCAAGUGAGGAUGAUGCAGCUCUUUACCGACACCUGGUGGCGAUCUUGCGUAUUUGCCUCAUGAGGAAGUGUUUACUGACAGAUGAUACUGAUGAGCUGCAGGGUCACUCAGUCAACCUUUUGACAGCGAUUCCUCUUCAGUGUCUCGAUGUACUGCUGAUGGUGCCCGUGCAGCCUAACUCAGAGCAGUGCCAGGGGGUCAAUAUGGAUUGUGUCCACACCCUGCUGAUGUUCAUGGAAAGACGUCUGGAGUCGGGUGACAAGGUCAAAGAGAAGCUGACACCAAUUCUCAAUCUGCUGACAGAGAGCUGCCGGUCCCACAAAGAAACACGCCACUACGUCAAGAAACAUAUCCUGCCUCCUCUGAAAGACGUCUCACACAGGCCAGAAGAAGGCUCCACAGUCAAGAGUCGUCUGAUUCGUCUCAUGACCCACCUGGACACAGACGUCAAACACUGCGCCGCUGACCUCAUUUUUGUCCUCUGCAAGGAAAAUGUGGGUCGUUUUGUCAAGUACACAGGCUACGGUAACGCUGCAGGCCUGCUCGCCACCAGAGGCUUGCUUGGCGGGGGAUCCAGAACCUCCAUUUCUGACGGCCAGUACUCCAGCGACUCUGACUCAGACACCGAGGAGUACCGGCAGAUGAAAGAUCGCAUCAAUCCUGUGACAGGGCGGGUGGAGGAAGAACAGCCGGACCCCAUGGAGGGCAUGACAGAGGAGGAGAAGGAGGAGGAGGCAAAGAGGCUGAUUGUGCUCUUCAACAAGCUGUCCAGAGAUAACAUUAUCCAGCCGAUGGGAGUGGAUGAAGAGGGGAAGCUGGUCCCGAUGUCAGGACUGAGGGAGAACUCCCUUGAGGAGGGGCAGUCUGAGUCAGAGCACGAUGGAGAAGUAGAUGAAGGAAAGAAGGACUAACCCGAAUCCUAAAGUCUGACAGUGCAUAAAUAUGUGUUGUACAUGUAUGGACGACAUAAAAACAAUGUGAUGUAGUUCUCACCCAUUUUUGAUUUUCUUUUUUUCUUCAACUUUGGAUUCAGGAUAAUUAUUUAUUUAGAGUAUAAAUAUCACAAUGGAUUGAAUGAAUGAAAUUCUUAAUUCAUAGCAGAUUUUGAGAACAAACUGAUUUCAACCUGAUAACAUGAUAAUAUUCUGAAAUAUUUUAAUAAGUUUGUUGUUUUUGCUUCUGUAUAUAGUUAGUUUUAUUUAAUCCUCUACAGCUUUGCAGUGCAACAGAUGGUAAAAGGGCUACAUCUGAUACUGUUACACUUAAAUAAAACAAGAUGAAUUAAACAUCUGCACAGCAUGUUUACUUAAUUCUGUACAGUCAGUAUGGUGUGUUGUGGUACAUAACUGGAUUGGAUUGUGUUCAAAAACUCUCUGUUACAAGACAGUAAAAAUAUUCAGAUUGAUUCCAGAUGCUCUUCUCACAUCUGUGCUGUUGAAUCGACUACAACUUUAUACUGCGGCAUGAUUGUAACCCUUGAACUGUUGAGUUCAAGGUUUUUCUGUUUGUUUGUGGUUUCAAGAAUGUUAGCAGUAUUCAGUAUUUACAUUUUGCCAAAGUGCUCUUUAUGAAGCUGAAGGUGGACCCUUUUCUGAUUGUUAAUGUUAUUACUUGUACACAAAUCAUUGCCACAUUCAUUCUGAAACAUCUUUUCAUAAAUAAGUGCAUAAGAUCAUCAACAGGAUGACUGACAGCCUCUAGAUCGAGCUGCACAUUUAAUGCCAUUUCCAUGCCAGUGCCAGAUGUUUUUCUUUAAGGCAGGAAGAAGCCACUUAUUUCCACACUAAGACAUUUGUUUCAAUGGCAGGAAGUAUAAGCUCUUUCUCUCUCAUUCUCUCUUUUUUGUGACACAGUACCUUCAAAUGUU